AUGCUGUCGUCCAGCAGCCGUCUCUGGGUAUGCACGCGAUGCGUCCGCCGUCGCGUCACCAGGCCGCCUCAAUUCCGGCAGCGAGUGUGGCAAUCAACAACCGCAGCUGCCGCCGAAGAUGCCCGGCCGCUCGUGAGCCAUGGUGUCAGCCCCAACCACGACGACGCCGUCCUGCGCGAGCUGUUCGAUGCGCCCUCGAGUACCUUUGCCAGCUUCAGCCUCAAGCGCAGCCAGGGCCUUUUCAAGAACCGCUAUCUCACCAGCCCCGAUGGAUUUCUCGUCUUUGCACAAAAGAAUCUCGACCGCGCCACACGUAUAGUCAAGCGCGUCCUCGCCGCCUCUAGCACCAACGACUACCGCAACGUCGUCCGCGACCUCGAUCGCCUCAGCGAUCUGCUCUGCCGCGUUCUCGACCUCUCCGACUUUGUCCGCAUGACGCACCCCGAGAUUCGAUUUCAACAGGCCGCCACCGACGCUUGGUCGCUCGUAUACCAGUACAUGAACCAGCUCAAUACCAUGACUGGUCUUAGUGAUCAGCUCAAUGAGGCCAUCUCACGCCCCGAUGUCACCGACCAGUGGACCGACGAGGAGAAGAUUGUCGCAGAUCUUCUCAAGCUCGACUUUAUGAAAUCCGCAGUCAAUCUGCCGAAAAAGUCGCGUGAUCGCUUCGUCGAGCUAUCCUCCCAGAUUAGCGACGUCGGCUCUGCCUUUGUGCAGACCAUGAGGCCCGAAAAGACAAAGGUCACGUUGCCAGCCCAUCGCUUUUACGGCUUGUACCCAGGGCUUGCUUCAACACUCAAGGCUGGCUCACAAAUUUCCAUCCCGACUACUGGUUCAGAAGCAGCAGCCGCGCUACAGAGCGUAUACGACGAGGGCACCCGUAAAGAAAUUUACCUCACCCAGCGCACAUCAUCCUCGAAAACUAUUGGCUACUUGGAAAACAUGCUUAGGCUCCGCGCAGAGCUUGCAGGACUCGCAGGUUUCCAGAGCCACGGUCACAUGUCACUCAAGGAUCGCAUGAUGGCCAAGUCGCCGUCUUCUGUUAUGCAAUUCCUUCUGGCCCUCCGCCAACACAAUGCGCCCAUGAUCCAGCAUGAACUUGGCCAACUCAUGGAUCGAAAACGCGAGCGGUUGGCCAUGCCAGAUGCCGAGCUGCAUCCCUGGGAUAGAGAUUUCUACAUGGAAAGGAUCCGCGCCGAGAUGCGAUCCAAGGUCCGCCAUGAGGAUCAGCUCACUGCCUUCUUUUCCGUCGGCACUGUCAUGCAGGGGCUAUCCCGGCUGUUUGAUCGCUUAUAUGGCAUCCGAUUUGUGCCACGCGAGACCCUGCCCGGUGAAACAUGGCACCCCGAUGUCAAGAGGCUUGACGUCAUGUCCGACAAUGGUGAGCAAGUAGCCGUCUUGUACUGCGAUUUGUUUUACCGUCCGCAAAAGUCGCCCAAUCCAGCUCAUUUUACUGUGCGAUGCUCCCGCGAGAUAUUGCCUGACGAGGUGGACGAGGCCGGCGCCGAUCUCAACGGCGCCAACAUGCCCUACUUUGACUCGGCGGAGCAGGCUGCCAACGACGGCAUGGAAAUAUCCAGAGGUGACGGGCCUCUCAAGCAGCUUCCCACGGUUGCUCUCGUCUGCGAUUUUGCCAAGAACGACAAUGCUCGCGAACCGGCCUUUCUGUCCUUUUACUCGGUUGAGACACUCUUCCACGAGAUGGGUCACGCUAUCCACUCCAUCCUCGCGCGCACUUCUUUCCAAAACGUUUCGGGCACUCGCUGUGCGACUGACUUUGCCGAACUGCCGUCGACUCUGAUGGAGCACUUUGCCGCCGACCCAACUGUGCUCUCCCUUUUCGCGCGCCACUGGAAGUCGGACCGCCCCUUGCCCUACGAAAUGGUGGCCGAGCGCAUCAAGGUGGCCAAGCGCUUCGAGGGCAUCGACACGGAGCACCAGAUCCUGCUCGCCAUGGUCGACCAGGCCUACCACUCGCCUGAAGUGUCUGAGCCCUCAUUCGACUCGACGUACGUCUUCCACGACAUCCACAAGCGCUUUGCCCACGGCCCGCUCGACCCGCCGAGCACGCGCUGGCAGGGCUUCUUUGGCCACUUGCACAGCUACGGCAGCACCUACUACAGCUACCUCUUUGACCGCGUACUCGCCGAGCGCGUCUGGCGCGUUGUAUUCAGCGGCGGCGAGGGAGGCAUGGCCGUCUCCCGCGCCAACGGCGAACGUCUCAAGGAAAAUCUGCUCAAAUGGGGCGGCGGACGAGAUCCGUGGACAUGCCUGGCCGAGACCUUGCACGACGAUCGGCUAGCGGCCGGCGACGAAAAGUCGAUGGCGCUGGUGGGCAGCUGGGGCAUCAAGGACUCGGUCAAGGCGAAAUAA